AUGGCGGCUCGCAUUACGAACGGAGUGAUACAAUCGCCACUUCCGGACUUUGACGUUGGGAACAAAUGUGUUUCUGAACUCAUAGAAGGACGCUUGAAGAAACUAUUACACAAGGUGAUCAUUGUUGACACCUACCAAAGUUUGACCGCCUCGCAGUUGUUAAAAAAAAUACGUAAAUACGGUGUAGGCUUUUAUCAACACGGUGUUAAACCGGGGACCAAGGUGUGUGUGUAUGUUGGCAACACCGUUGAAAAUGUAGCCGCGGCAUUUGGUGUUAUGUUUGCGGGCGGGACGCUCGUCAUGGCGAAGACGGCCUAUGUGGAAAGGGAGUUGGUGUAUACGAUUGAAGACAGCCACUGCACUUUUUUACUAAUGGACCUAGAAACCGCGCCACAGGCUGCAAAGUGGAAUAUACCAACGAUCAUUAAGGGAUUUUUCGCCGUAGGAGGUGCGCCUGGUUUCAUCGACAUUCUCCUUUUCCAAGAUCUUCCUGAUGCGUCCUUCAAACCCCACGUGCCCACAGAGACCGAGAAAGAAGUUGUGGUCAUUCUGUACACGUCAGGGUCAACGGGUCUCCCGAAGGGUGUAGAAAUAUCGCACAAAGCGUAUUGUGCUUCGUUCUACGCAUACAGGUCUACUGGAAUUUGCACUGAAGACGAUGUUUACUUGGCCUGGAAUCCCUUCACCCAUGUGUCGGGUUUCGCGGUAGCCAUGUUUUCUAUGCUCAUAGGUGCAAAGACUGUCAUCACCGAUCCCUUAAUUUCGUACGAAAAUUUUUUGAAAACUCUCAAAACCUUUAAGGUGAGAAUAUUCAGAUGA